UCUCCUUUCUUUCUUUUCUUCGGAGACUUCUUCUUCUUCUUCUUCUACAAAUCUCUCUCCCUCUCUGUUUCUGUUCUCACUGACAAAAAUGGGCAGAUCACCAUGCUGUGACAAGGUGGGGUUGAAGAAAGGGCCAUGGACUCCGGAAGAAGACCAGAAACUCUUGGCUUACAUUGAAGAACACGGCCAUGGGAGCUGGCGAGCUUUGCCAUCAAAAGCUGGGCUUCAGAGAUGUGGCAAGAGUUGCAGACUGAGAUGGACUAAUUAUCUGAGGCCUGACAUUAAGAGAGGAAAAUUCAGUUUACAGGAGGAACAGACAAUCAUUCAACUCCAUGCCCUCUUGGGGAACAGGUGGUCGGCUAUAGCAACUCACUUGCCUAAGAGAACAGACAAUGAGAUCAAGAACUACUGGAAUACGCAUCUCAAGAAAAGAUUGGCCAAAAUGGGCAUUGAUCCAGUCACCCACAAGCCCAAAAGUGAUGCUCUACUCUCCAGUGACGGCCAGUCAAAGAACGCCGCUAAUCUCAGCCAUAUGGCUCAGUGGGAGAGCGCUCGCCUCGAAGCGGAAGCAAGAUUGGUCAGAGAGUCCAAGCUACGUUCCAAUUCUUUCAACCAUCAUCCGGGGACUCCCUCGGCUUCUACUUCGGCGGCGGUUGGGGGCAAAACGGCUGCGGUUUCUAGCAGUCCGCCGCUGUAUCUUGACGUGCUUAAAGCUUGGCAUGGUGUGUGGCCCAAGUCAACUGAAGGUGGUGGCUCAAGCGGCGGCGGCGGCGGCGGCGGUGGUGGUGGGGGUGUGGCGGUCGCUGGCGACCUGGAGUCUCCUACUUCGACGCUUAGCUACUCCGAGAAUGCAGCGGCGGUGGCGUCCACGGCGGUGAUUGACUUCGUGGGCAACUCAGGCUCUUGUGAGGGCGGGAUCAUCAAAGACGAGGGCGACCAACAAGAGUGGAAAGGCAUGGGAAGCUCGACCCAGUUGCCGGAGUCCUUCACGUCGGCACUCCACGACAUGGCCGUGCCAAUGGACAGCGGCGCGUGGACUCCAGAGUCGCUCAAAACCGUCAACGGCGGACACUUCAUCGAGGGCUUCACCGAGCUUCUCCUCAGCAACUCAACCAACCGGACCCUCUCAGACACAGACGGCGGCGGAGACUCUGACAAUGGCGGCUGCAGUGGCAGUGGCAGUGACUACUACGAAGAUAACAAGAAUUACUGGAACAGUAUUCUAAAUCUGGUGAAUUCUUCACCGUACGAUUCUCCCAUGUUCUGAAAAACCUUAUGGACAUGGGCACACAGAGAGAACCAGUUCAAUUGUUAAUAGCUCGGCCGUUUCCGCUCAGUCCUUAUUAUCAGUACUCUGCCAUUCCUUCGCUGCAAACUGAGCAGAAUCGGAAUGCAACUCGUUGGAGUCGACUCAGUGAUUAUCUAUAUUAUUUUUUUUCCUCUCUCUCUCUCUUUCUUUUUCUUUUCUUUUUCUUUUCUUUUUUUUUUUCUUUUUAAGUUAUUAUUCAAAUGUAGAUCUAGGGUGUGGAGAGUGGGAAAUGGUGGAAUUGCAGAAACUAAUGCUAAAUAGAGUGUAUGAAAUGAAUGAAUAAAUCUUAUUAAUAAUAAAUACCUUUGUAUUUAUGGAAAUAUAGAUAGAGAUGUCCACUAA